GGGCUUCCGCCUGCGAACCUGCAGGAACAGCUGGCGGAUGCAAUUUCUAAAUGACUCCAGUGCUGGACUCUUCAAAGCCCCACCGGCUGGACCCGAGGCGGUCUGCUUUCCGGAAAGAAACGGCGGCAUCCGUGAGAAGAAAACAGCGCUGUCCGAACUUGCCUCUGAGAACACGCAGGGCCCUAAACCCGAAUUCGGCGGGAGAGAACGGCGUCCGUUUCUCUCGCGACACUUUAAGGACGACGUAGACGCGUCAAGUCCAGUUUGGUUCUCAUUGGCUGCCGCACUCCGUAGGGGGGGCGGGGAAAGUAGCGGAGAGGACCCGCCUCACGCAGGAGCCAAUCCUGAGCAGCCGAGGAAACGAACCCGGAAGUGAGAUGCUGCACGGCGGCGAUUUUCCCUUCUGUCCGAUCUUGAUGAAUAAAGCAGUCAUAAUUCAUCACUAGAAAGAUUGUUUUUACCCUGGCAUUUGAAAUGCUUUUUAUUUAGAAUAAUAGUAAAAAUGGAAAAAGAAAAAGGAAAUGAUGGAAUACCAGACCAAGAGAACUCCUUGGAUUUUUCUGAACACUUUAACCAACUUGAAUUGUUGGAAACACAUGGACACCUUAUUCCUACUGGGACUCAAAGUCUCUGGGUAGGCAAUUCUGAUGAAGACGAGGAGCAAGAUGAAAGAGAUGAAGAGUGGUAUCGAUUGCAAGAAAAAAAAAUGGAAAAAGACCCAAGCAAAUUGCUUCUUUGGGCUGCUGAAAAAAACCGGCUUACUACAGUGCGGAGACUACUUUCUGAAAAGGCCACUCAUGUGAACACUAGGGAUGAAGAUGAGUAUACCCCUCUUCAUCGCGCAGCCUACAGUGGACACUUAGAUAUUGUCCGGGAGCUCAUUGCACAGGGGGCAGAUGUUCAUGCAGUGACUGUGGAUGGCUGGACGCCCCUGCACAGUGCUUGUAAGUGGAAUAAUACUAGAGUGGCUUCUUUCUUACUGCAGCAUGAUGCAGAUAUCAAUGCCCAAACAAAAGGCCUCUUGACCCCUUUGCAUCUUGCUGCUGGGAACAGAGACAGCAAGGAUACCCUAGAACUCCUCCUGAUGAACCGUUACGUCAAACCAGGGCUGAAAAACAACUUGGAAGAAACUGCAUUUGAUAUUGCCAGGAGGACAAGUCUCUAUCACUACCUCUUUGAAAUUGUUGAAGGCUGUACAAAUUCUUCACCUCAGUCUUAACAGUUAUAGUAAUUUUCUUAAGUUUCUAAGUGCCAGUGCCUCCUUUGUGUGAGAUGUAAAGUAUUCCCAUAAUCAAAGUUGAUGUCAAACAUCUUACUACAAAAAUUCUGUGGUAUUCAUUAUAAUGUUCUUCCAAGCGGAUUGCCUGACUUUGAUGUCAAAUGUAUUUGAAAGUUGUUUGCAUAUAUCUUUAAUGAUUUCUGUGCAGUUUGUGGUUUUUAUCAGAAAUAAUUUUAAUGUGUGUAUACUUCAAAACUUGACACGGGUUGUAUAGAAACUGAUAUUUUUGGUGCUGAUCCAAGAGAAAUGUAUUUUUAAAUAUCCCACAUCCUGGAUCUUUGUUGAGUGAUUAGCAAUAUACAAUUAGUAAUUGUAUAUUGACAUAUAUUUUUAUAAGGUGAGGUAACUCAGAACCUAAUUUAAAAGUCUAAAAUAUUCUGAUAUAAUUCAGCGUCUUCUCUACCUUACCAUAGCCAGUUGCUUUCAUUUUAAACCAGAGCAAGUAACAUAUUAGUUACUUGAAUCUUCGUAAGUUAAGGAAAAAACAGCAAAAAAUCUAGAUCCUUGUCAUUUAGAACACAGACCAUUUUCAGGAAAGCAGUUAGCUAGGUGUUUAAUUCAUGAAUAUUGUAUACUGCCUCCCCUACCACAAUUUACACAAUCCCUUGGAUAGUCCUACCUCACCCUGGUCAACCUAAUGAUCGUUAUGCUAAUGGCGAAUCACUAUGACCUUGUAGACAUGCACACAACUAUACCUUUAUCCAAGAGAUCAUAAUAUAUCUGCUAUUCAACUGGUUUUACCUGCCUAAUCCUACAGAGUUGGGCACUGCUCUCAUAAUCUCUCGAGUUCACAGGAAAUGUUGAUUUUCUAAGGUCCUUAUUUUUACAAACUAUACAAAGGCAAACUGAUGGAAAAAUGAAUUCUCAGAGUAAGGGGAUGAUUAUUAUAUUGAGGCUAAAACCACAAAGUGGCUCAGGCUUUUAAAAAACAAACAAAUUAAAAAAAAAACCACUGUGGAUAAUGACAAACAGCAUAAGUAAAAAUAUUUGCGAAAAAUAAAGUACAAGUUUUGAACAA